AUGGAAGACGCUGCUGUGUUAGCUGCACUGAGCGCGACGGCAUUGACGCGCCAACGGAUGGCUGCGGCUCUGCGUGACCUUCGCCGGAAUCUCCACGACGAGUACAUUCGUGAUGAGCGCGACCGGCUGCUACGACACUAUCUUACCGUCGGCUGCCUGUCGCUUCCGGUCGUGGCCUCCUGGAUGGACUUGUGGCGCGGAGGGAACGACAUCAACCUCAUCAACAUGACCAGUUUGAGCAGGUUCGUGGCUUCUUAUUAG